AAGAGUCUCUCUGUACGAGAUUCUGACCUCGAAGGUUGCGUUUGUUCCUUUGCAUACCCAAUUCAAAUUGAGCGUGGGAGAGAAUCUUGAGGCCCGUUUGCUCGUGUUUUUCUUAAAUGGCUAGUAAUGCAUCCGUGCGUAGUAACGCAUCAAAUGCUCUUCAAGCUGCUUUGGACGACAGUUCUCGUCUGACUCAUGUGUUAGAGGAGAUGAAAGCCGACAUAAGAAAAACCACUUUGGAAACGAAAAUCAACGAUGGCGACGACCUUGCGACUCCUCUCAUCAUCGCUGCUCGUGAUGGAAAACUGGAUUCUGUGAGGGUCCUUUUACGUUAUGAAGCAAACAUCGAGGCUCGUGGAUCGAUUAAAGCUGAAGGAAAGGUUUGGGAGGGUUGCACAGCUUUGUGGACCGCUGUUACUAAUGGUCAUCUUGAGGUUGUGAGACUCUUGAUCGAACAAAACCCCGACGUCGACGGCAGGUUAUCGAGAAAUGCGACUCCCUUGACAUCUGCUGCUUUCUAUGGACGCCUUGAUGUUGUGCAGUGUUUGGUUGAGAACGGGGCCGAUGUAAAUGCACGAAAUUCUGUCAAUAGUACUCCUCUGAUGGUAACAUGUUACAAUGGUCACAUGGAUGUUGUUUCUUUUCUUGUCGAAAAUGGCGCAAAUAUACAUCUAGAAGACAAUUAUGGACAAAAUUGUCUUCAUUAUGCUGCAGGAAGGGGACACGUUCAGAUAGUUGAUAAGCUGCUAGCUUUGGGAGCAAAACAAACGCACAAUCUUAAGCGGCUUACGCCACUUCUUAAAGCCAGUAAUCAAUGUAAAACUGAAAUGGUGGAGCAUUUUAUCAGCCGACCGGAAUGUACAAAGGAACAAAUAGUUGAUGCUCUUGAACUUCUUGGUGCUACCAUUGCUAAUUAUGGUGAUGCUUAUGCCAUUGAAGAAGCAUUCAGUUACAUGAAACGUGGAAUGGUGGAGAGGUAUAAAGAUCCGUCAUGUCUUUUGCUUAAAAAGAAAAUGGAACCAGUCGAAGCUUAU